AAUAUAGAGAGAUAAACUUCACUGUCGAUUAUAUAUAUAUCAUCCAUAUCGAUAUACAUAUAUAUGUAUAUAGGUAGAAGUGUAAACUUCAAUUUACGUUUCAGAGUGGGGGAAUCAAGAUUUUGAGAUUUACCAGAGACUUAGGGUUUAUCUUCUGGGCUAAUGCUCGUGUGAAGAGUUUAUCUCGUUAUAGGUAAUUACGUACAUAUCGGUUUGUAUAUACAUUGAUUGGUAUUCUACUCUAUAGAGAGAGAGAGUCAUUAUCAGCCGAGCUCUGGUUUUGUAUGAGUCUCUUCCGGGGAACUUCAUUUUCUCUCCCUAAACACUCUCUCACUAGAAUUUUUUUAGUGACUAGUGGAUUGGGAUUGUGAUUGGUUUCUAUAUAUAAACUUAGAAUUACACUUGAGAUUGAACUCUACUGGUGAUAUAUAACGAUAUAAGGAUAGUCUUUCAGCUCUGUUGUGAUUGGAUGGAUGUAGAAAACCCCUCACUCUCUCUCUAGAGCUAGUGAGAGAAAGGGAUUGUGAGGAUGAAGUAAGUGUUUUUGGGUAACAACUCACGAUAAUUGGAUCAUGAUUGUCUGAGUUUUGGAUAGUGCUCACUCUUUGUAAAUUUCAGGUUGGAAAAUGUCGAGGCCACUCUAUCGAGGUGUAUCUGGUGGAGGGCGAUUGUCAGGGAACGGCCAUGAUUUCUUGAAUAACUCUCAGAUGAAAGACAUAACAGAAAUGGAAGAUACUGAUAGAAAUCGGUCAUCUUCUGAUCACACAUCCAUAUCAUUUGGAUUUCCUAUUAAUUCAUCCUCUAAUGGUAUUAGUGAGAAUGUUUCAGCAUCCAAUUCAUCAUUUAGUACGGGAACCUUGAGAAGUCGGCACAAAUUAACUUUGCUUUUUCUCAAGUUCGGUUUAGUUGUAAUUGUGAUUCUUGCUUUUAUUGGAUCCUUUUGGUGGACAAUCUCAGUCACGAAUUCAUCAAGUGAUCACAUACAUCAUGACAAGAAUAUUCAAGACCAACUUGUAUUUGACACAAAAACAAUCUUAGAGAUCUCUAAAGGUUCUGCAAAACUUAAAGAGUUGGACUUCUGUUCACCCGAGUCUGAAAAUUAUGUUCCCUGCUUCACUGUUUCGGAGAAUCUUGCUUUGGAUUUUCCUGAAGGUAAGGAGUAUGACCGCCAUUGUGGGCGUGGGUCAAGGCAAAACUGCUUGGUUCUUCCACCUGUCAAUUACAAAAUUCCUCUUAAGUGGCCCACUGGAAGAGAUGUCAUUUGGGUUGCAAAUGUUAAAAUUACCGCACAGGAAGUACUUUCCUCUGGAAGCUUGACCAAGAGGAUGAUGAUGUUGGAGGAAGAGCAGAUCUCCUUCCGUUCUGCAUCUCUCAUGUUUGAUGGGGUUGAAGACUACUCUCAUCAAAUUGCAGAAAUGAUUGGGCUUCGAAAUGAAUCUAAUUUUAUACAAGCUGGAGUUAGAACCAUCUUGGAUAUAGGAUGUGGUUUUGGUAGCUUUGGAGCUCAUCUCUUUUCAAAACAACUGUUAACUAUGUGUAUUGCAAAUUAUGAAGCUACAGGCAGUCAAGUUCAACUAACUCUUGAAAGAGGUCUUCCUGCAAUGAUUGGUUCUUUUACUUCCAAGCAGUUGCCAUAUCCAUCUCUUUCCUUUGAUAUGUUGCACUGUGCACGAUGUGGCAUUGACUGGGAUCAGAAAGAUGGUACUCUUUUGAUUGAAGUUGACCGAAUCUUGAAACCUGGUGGAUACUUUGUUUGGACUUCACCACUUACCAAUGCUCAAGGAUCCCUUCGCAACAAAGAGAAUCAUAAAAGAUGGAAUUUUGUGCACAAUUUAGCGGAAAAUCUCUGCUGGCAUAUGUUGUCGCAACAAGAUGAAACCGUUGUGUGGAAAAAGACUAGUUCAAGGAAUUGUUAUGUUUCUAGGAAACCUGGUUCCGGUCCUUCCAUUUGCAGCAACGACCAUGAUGUUGAAUCUCCAUAUUAUCGACCACUCCAAACCUGCAUAGGAGGUACUCAAAGCAGUCGAUGGAUUCCUAUUGAAGAAAGGGCAACUUGGCCUUCUAGGGCUAAAUUGAACUCAAGUGAACUAGCAAUUUAUGGUUUGCAUUCAGAAAGUUUUGCUGGGGAUGAACAUAACUGGAACGCAGAAGUUCAUAAUUAUUGGUCUCUUCUCUCACCACUGAUAUUUUCAGAUCAUCCAAAGAGACCUGGUGAUGAGGAUCCUUCUCCACCUUUUAACAUGGUCAGAAAUGUUCUAGACAUGAAUGCUAAUUUUGGUGGUUUCAAUAAUGCUUUAUUGGAAGCUAGGAAAUCUGUAUGGGUCAUGAAUGUGGUGCCUACAAGUGCGCCCAACUACCUUCCCUUAAUCCUUGAUAGAGGAUUUGUUGGAGUAUUGCAUGACUGGUGUGAAGCAUUUCCAACCUACCCUAGAACUUAUGAUAUGGUGCAUGCUCAAGGAUUAAUGUCGCUUGAAACUGCUCAGCAGCGUAGCCGCAGCUGCACUAUGAUGGAUCUAUUUUCUGAGAUAGAUCGAUUACUUCGUCCAGAGGGGUGGGUGAUAUUCCGCGACUCUGCUUCUCUCAUCGAAUCAGCAAGAGCUCUGACUACACAAUUGAAAUGGGAUGCACGAGUCGUAGAGAUCGAGAGUAACAGCGAUGAGAGACUCCUCAUUUGCCAAAAGCCUUUCCUCAAAAGACAAGCAAACUAAUUUAUGUCCCGUGUAAGGGAGCCCAGCAGUGUAGAUCAUUAAUAUUUAUCUUCGUUUUGUGGAUCUAAAACUAAUCAGCACAGACUUCCACCAAUGGAUGGGGGAAUCAAAAGUUUUGAAUAGAAAGAAAAGUGCAGAGAGCAGAUUGGUUCGACGUGGAGCCGACCACCACUCUUAUGGAGCCGUAAGGCAUACAUAAGGCCAUGUAAUUACAAUUGAGGUUGCAGGGUGAGUGAUAAAAGAUAGGAUUAUAUUACAUUUUGCUUCUGAUGUCUCAUUAUAACCUUACAUCAACACAAUCAAUUAGACACUGAAGAAAAUUACACCAAUAAGUGUAUUUAUGUGGUAAUUCUUUGUUUAUUCAUUUUUCUCUCCUUUCCUGUUC